AAAAACAGCUGUAAAGACUGGAGAAAGUUUGUAAAGUAAACAGCUGACUGUAAAGUGGUUUGUUACAAAAUGUUUUGUAGCGCAUUUGCACUUGUGAAAUGGCUAAUGCUAGCAGGCCGUAGUGUAUGGUGAAUAGCAUUUAGCAGGCUAAUUGUAAUAUGUGAAAUGUGUUACUGGGGGCAACAUUUGGUAAACUUUGAAUAAUUAAAAAAUAAUUUUAAUUCAUAGGCUAAUUGUCAUCACUAUACGUAUGUAAGUCUUUCUUUUGGUAUGUACCAUGUCAAUAUAGUCCAAGAGAACAAUAUACUGUAUGUGUGUGCCUUGAAAAAUCUGUCAAAAUUAUCCAAAAUGGCCGCUAUCGACAGGGAUGGCUUUUGUUAAAUGGCUGGGAUUGAACGAGUUAAUUAUUUCUAAAUGUUUUUAACUUUAAGAAAAUGCACAUACACGAUACAAUAAGUUUUAACAAGUAAACCAACAAGAAAAUAAAGGUGAAAUUGAAUCGUUAUGUGGAAAAAUAAUGUGUUUGAAUUCCUGUCUUUGAAAGGGUGUGGAACCGAAUGGGUAUUGAGUGUAAAACUCUCUUUCUCAGCACUCAAGGUGCAAAUCUUAAUAAUAAUAAUAAUAAUACAUUUUAUUUGUAUAGCGCUUUUUAAAAUACUCAAAGACACUUUACAGAAGAAUGGAGUUAAAUAAAGCAAGUAAAAAGAAUAGAAGACACACCAAAAUACAACAUUCAUUGAUUAAUACACAGUUAAAACAUGAGUAAAAGUGGAGCGGGGCACAGCAGUCAGAUAUAAAAAGUUAGACAUUAAAAACAGAGACAAAGACAAAGAAUGAAUUUGGCGAGGACGGUCAAGGACAAUAAAUAAUAAAAACACUGAUAGAGUCAAAGCAGGAUUGUGUGUUGUUGAAUGUUCCAGGCAGUGUCAAUGAGUGCUGCCCACUUCCAUGUCGGCGUUUGUUCGAAACCCCACCUACCCCCACUUUCUGCUUCUCUCAACCCACCCCCUUCCCUUACAAUCCCCUCCUCUCUCUCUCUGACUCUGGCUAAGGAAUCUCAGGCAGCAUUUAAUUGCGCCGUCUUUCAUACUUCAGUCGGGCUAAUGAGCUUGGCUGCAGACUUGGGUCCUGUUUCUCUCACACUCUCUGAGAUCCAUAUGGAGUACAUGACUGGAGGACGCCUGGAUCUCACAUGGAGACAAAUGACGGACUUGACAAAUCCAGCUGACUAUGUAAGAGAAUAAGACGGCGUAAAAGGAAAAGAGAGAAGAGUGAGGAGAGGGGGGUGGAAUACAGAAAGCGAGAGAAGGACUCCUGAGGCAGCAAAAGAGACGGAACGAGAAAGCGUGAGAGGUGGCAAGAAAGGCAAGAGAGGGAGGGACAAGGAGAGAUUCAAGACAGAGGAAGCUCUCGGGGCAAAAAAAGUUCGGAGAAAGAAAAAGAGAAAGGGGGAGAAAACAACUGGAGCUGGAGAGGAGUGGAGAGGAGAGGCAGGGAAACAGACAGGAAGGAAGGGGAGGGAGACGUCUUAGGGGGAGGGAGAGCUGACGAUAAGUUUUCUUGUGGGAAGCCACUAGAUGAGGAAAACAGAAUGAGUGAAUGGCGGGACUUCACAGAGCGAUUUGUUUUCCCGAGAGCUUUUCCACGCAAGACGCAAGCCUCUUUGGAUAUGUAUACAGAAGGCGGACAAGCGACAGGACAUCGAAGAUUCAUCCAGGGCUCCUGCUCCUGCCAGCAGUGUGCCAAGCAGAGUGGGCUGGUGUACCAACCAACUGACCACCCGCAUCCAGACAGCUGGAGAGACAUUCAGCCUCCUCGGGUUAAGGACGCCGCAGGGCGGGAUGUAAGGACGCCCAGAGAAGGCAGAAGCGGCCAUUGCAGCCUUCAAAAACCGCCUCUGUUUCUAGGGCCCGGCCCCCUCAGCCAGUCAGAUGACUUGCACCAACUUUGUCGCCCACGGGACUUGAACCUUGCCAGAUGGAACUACCUGCCAAAGGCUGGCGCGAGACACUGCCCGUCUUUCAGAGAGCAGUGUCGCUGUGUGUUGACGCACAGCCGCAUCAAGACACACCCCUUUAAUGGCGGAUUCCCACAUCCACUCCCUCAUCUACGGGUCAAAGGCCAAGGGUGUGACAUCUUUGUAGACAACAAAGAGGAAGGCUGUGCUGGUAUCCCUGAAAAUGGCCACUUAGAGCAACAUAACCCCAGUUUGGUACACACACCUAUAACUAAGGGACACUGCAGACCAACGCCUGGACACCCCAAAGGAAGGGAGGGAAGAGAAACCAAUCAUGACUCCAGUGGAUUAAGAGAGAACUGUAAUGGACAUGAAAUUUUCUUUGCCACUGAAGUCCCACAGAAAAAGUUGAACCGAAAGAAGGGGCCUUUCGCCCGACACCUAUCUGCCAGCAACCUGGAGGGGCCAGCACAGACCGUCACCAAGAACCAGUGCAAUGGUUUGGCUCGGCAAACAAGUGAGCAUGAUGUGGUUAAGGAUCAGAUCCGACAAGUGGUAACAAAUCUGGAGGACGUCUUGGGAGGUUUGAAGCAAGUUCAUGUGGAGAUGAAAGAGGUCAUCGAGCAGAUCGAUCAUCUCACGGCCAGCAUCGACCUUGGUGAGGAGCCACUCAGCAUCACUAACGGGUUGUCCAAUGACAUCCACGCAUCUACUCAUCGAGGAGAACUCAGAGCGUCACCUCCAGCCAGUCACAAGCCAGCCCUUGUCGAGGGGUCAAGGCAUUCAGACGAAGAGGUCAUCGUCCUACAAACCAACUCCCCAUCGCCCAUUCAUAUGGCAUCAGUGGUCAAAACCCGCUGCUUCACCCCACCCAACCACAGCAAGGACUUCAAACACGAGGGACCCCAUGUGAACGGACACCUGCCUUCAGGGCCCCACCAGGGCCCCGCAAAACAAAAAGUGGAUACCCAAGAGCCCCAUUCCCAUAACCUACAUCCUGAAGUCGGGAACAACACGGCCCAUUCAAGAACACAAAAGCCUCCGCUCUACCCGCAAAAUGAGCGGUGCGGCAAGACCUUCAACCCACCCAGGAAACCUGCGAGGACCCCUGCCUACGCCUGGAGAGGCCACCAGAGCACCAGCAUGGUGUGAAGAAGGGAGCAGAGCGGGUGGUGGUCGUCUGCCCCGGUGCUAUGGGGGGGCUGAAAUGUGAGACCCUCCUGCAGUGAGUGGAGGUCAGAGUAAGAGCAAGCAGGGGAACAAUUCGUGCAGGUGCUGACGCUGAUGAGCUGUCAGUCGGAAACAGAAGGUGAACCGAGGGUGUGGAUGUUGACCCUUUUGAAACAUCACACGUGUGAUUCAACGUGGAAGGGACUUCAGGUUCUGGAGUUGCAAAUAAGGUGACGAAUAAACUGCAACGCGAACAACCACCAAGAGAAUAUGCAUGUGAUGACCAAUCUGAGCAGGAUCGGCCCCCGCAGUCCGAGUUCGUGGCAAAACAUGGCGCAGCAUGUCGUGCAUUUGUGAGGGAAGGAAUUAAAAGUUACGAUUUUUAUUCUUCAUAAAGUUGUACCUUCAUUCUGUAUAAACAAGAGAGCUGUCUGUCACAGUGGCUAUUACGUAUAGCUACGUAUACGUACUUGUAUGUAAUUACACAACUGCUCAAAGGUUUGGGAUCACUUGGAAAUUUUUUUGGUCGGUCUGAGAUAUGGCUUUUUUUUGGCAAAGUCUGAAGUCCUGAAGUCGCCGCUUCACUGUUGAUACUGACACUGGUGAUUGACGGCUACUAUUUAGUUCAGGUGCCAGGUGACGACCUGUGAGGCGUCUUUGUCUUAAACUACACACUCUCACAUAUUUGUCUUCUUGCACACUUGUGCAGCGUUUUUCUGUCCUUGUUAGACCCACUAGUUAGUUUAGAUUUUUAGAUGGGUUUUCUAAUAAUCUAUUAGCCUUAUAAAAUGAUGAACUUGGAUUAGCAGCCAUACCAGGAGAUUGAUGCAGAGGACUGACAGUUGUUGACACUAGGCCUCUAUACAAAAAUGUAGAUCCUUCUUUGAAAAUCAUCUGAUUCAUUUUCAUUGUUUGUGAAAUGGAUAGGAAUGUUUGUGAAAUGGAAAAAAUUGUUUGUGAAAUGCAUGAAAAUGUGUUUUUCUUUGGAAAACAAAGAAAUUUGCAAGUGAUCCCAAACUUUUGAGUGGUAGUGUAUGUCCCAUAGACAUUCACAGCAAUGGUUUGCAACCAAAAAUCAAGGCUACCAGCCUUUAUUUUGUAUCAUCUAUGCAGCUGUUCACUGUAUUUCAGUUCACUGUUCACUGUAGCCGUCCGAAGGCGCCAUUGGGACCACAUCAUCCAUAAAUAGUAGAGAUGGUCCAUGCUUGAUAGGACCUUCUUCAGCUUGACGGCAGCCCUGACCUUGUCUGUGCUCAAAAUAACUCCAAAAAGGUCAGAAUCGAUUUGUAUGAAACUAUCAGGAAUUGGGAAAUGGAAUAUGGAGGAACUGAUUACAUUUUGGUUGUGAUCUAGACUAAAAUACAAGACAAAUUUUAAAUUAUUAUAAAUUAUGAUAAAUUAAUUUUUAUUUAUUAUUAAAUUAUUAAAUAAAUGUUUAAUGUUUUAUUUUUCGACACAAAAUAAGAUGGAAAAAUAAAUAAGCAAAUCAAACAACAAAUGAAACAAAUUAACUAAUUAAUUUUUAUUUAUUAUUAAAUUAUUAAAUAAAUGUUUAAUGUUAAUUUUUAUUUUUCAACACAAAAUAAGAUGGGAAAAUAAAUGAGCAAAUCAAAAAAACAAAUGAAAGAAAUUAAUAAAUUAAACUUUCAUAUCAAGGCGGGGGCCGCAUUUGGCCCACGGGCCGUGAGUUUGAGACCCCUGUUGUAGUAUCUUCAGAAGCCAUGGAGAUACAUCCAAAAGAUUGAUAUCAUGAUGAAUGCAGUUGCUAAUGGUGUGUUUACAUGAUCGAGGAAUCUAAAUAUGCACAGUAUUAGGGACCAUGGCACUUGCUGGAGGUCUGUGUUCUCCAAGUGCUUUUCUCCUUCAAUUCAAGUGAUUUGCAGCUGGCAUCUUCUUGUGUUAUCUCUUAACGUCAUGAUUUAUCGGUCAUAUUUAAUUUACUUAACAGCAAACAAUCUCAGGCAGCUCUUGAUUUAUAUCGUUAGCUAUUUUUAAAACAAUGGCUUUUUCCUGCAGCAGAUAGAAUGGAACUGCAGCACAGCGUGUUCUUCCGUGUGUUCCUCAAAUAAAUUCAUUUCACAUCUCAGUUAUCUCGCUCAGAGAUAAUGCAGCUCCCACAUUUAACUUUGAAAUAAAAGUUAAAUGUCUCCAGCAUUUAGUGUCCUUGUUGAGUGAGUCAACGUUUCGCUUCAAAAAGAAACCUUCCCCUGAGGACCAGGAGGUGGCACUGUGUGGCCUGUUAAUAGUUAAUGGUUUGGUCCGGUGCAUCAUAGGCCUGCCAGUUGGCCAGCGUCUACAUGUGUGUUUGUUUAAAUCUUGUCUGAGAAUUUCACCAUGCAGCUCUCACAAGCUCCCUCCGCCUUGGCCGGAUGGCGACUAAUAUAUGUACAACUCAGACAACUGAUGGCACAAGAUGACCAUAUGUACACAUGUGCAACAAGAUUAGCACACGUUUACGCAUUCUGGUCCAAGAUUGCGGUCCAAAAUUGCAGUUUUUAACAUUAAAACACGGUGGUGGGCUGUGCGGAGUGGGCCACAAAUGCAAGUGGAACGUGAUCCUUUGUCAGUUUACUUCAGCCAAUCAGAAAAGUCAUUUUAGGAAAAGAUCCAAUCAGGAGUGGAAUGACAUAAUCCCUGGAUGUAUGCUGGAUGGACCUUUGCUAUGGGAAAUUUGGAGUCUCCAAUUAACCUAAUGUCUGUUUUUGGAUUGUGGGUGAAUGCCGGAGUAUCCGGAGAAAACCCACGCAUGGGAAAACUAUGCAAUCAUAAAGAUGCCCAGACGGAGACAGAAGACCCAGAUCUUCCAGAUCUUCUGAUCUUCAGCCUGCAUGUUCACAACAAUUAACUUUGGAUCUAUGAAAAUAGUGCGUAAUAUCGACAAAGGCGACAAAUACGUUUUUCCACAUUUUAUUGUUUUAGAAGUAUAAUUUUCAUUCCAGGACCUCAGACCUACGA